AUGCAGAGGGUUCUAGAGAUGCUGGCGAAUAUGGGGAACGAGAUGGUGGACCUGAAACAUAGAGUAUCCGAGCAAAGCGACACGAUCAGGAAGCUGAGCGCCACGGUUUACAAGCAAAGCACCAUCAUUCAAGGACAGGAAGAUCUGAUCCGAGGCUUGGAGGUCCAAGUCCAGGAAUCCAAGGAAGAGUUUCGACGCAAGAGCGAUGAGCACGACGCGGAAUUAAAACGGGGACACCAGGAUCUUCAGAGAGAAGUCGCCGCUUUAAAAGAGCAAUUGGCCCAGCUUACGCAGAAGCUGAAUGCUUCGGGUGAGGUGACUCUGUCAAGCGGCGCUCGAGCAACGUUUGCCGAUAUUGCGCGCACACUGCCAGCGAGCCCGCCGACGAGUCUAUCCAGCGUAGCUGUCCCAAGAAAGCAGCAGACAGCCAGCGAUCCUCUCCAUUGUACCAUCGACACAUCUCGCGUCAGCGAGUCGAACAAGAACAAAGCGCAAAUCGGAUCAAUUCGCCAGGCCAUCGAGACUGAGAUGAGAGCGAUGAACGGACAAGAGACCUGGAGAGACGAAGCCGAGCUUCAGAUGGUCAAAGAGGCUGCGCAGAAGACAGCCGUGGAAGGUUCACGAGUUAUGCGAGACCAGCUGUACCCGGUCCGAGUCGACAACGCCAACCGCACAGCAAUCCUUGACGCGGAAGGCAACGUUCUGCCUGGAGCGAUCGAGGCCUUGAGUGCCGAAAACAGAGUGACCAUUGGCAAGAUUUCCUGGUUGAGCAAACGAGAGUCUGGCAAAGCGUACGGGAGAUCGGUCACAAAGCAUAUGCAUGCAAGAAGCAGCGGACAUGCGGCAACGCUGCGCGACCUGAUCGAUCGCUUCCGUGAUGGGACAGGAAACCGCACAGAUGUGGUUCUGGCGGGAGACUUCAACCGCCACGAUCUCCUCUGGGGCGGAGAUGAAGUGUCAGCGAGCAGACAGGGGGAGGGCCAGCCCAUCAUCGACCUGAUGAACGACUUUGGUCUCAGCAGCCUCCUGCCGAGAGGGACGAAAACGUGGCAAAGGGCGGACGAGGAGAGCACCAUCGACUUGGUGCUGGCAUCGGCAGAACUGGCAGACGAGGUGAUAUCCUGCAUGACUCACCCGACAGAUCACGGGUCAGACCACAGAGCGAUCCAGACGGCCUUCGACAUUCAAGUACCGGAGAGAACGUUUCCACAGCGCCUGAUGCUCAAGAACGCGCCGUGGAUCGCCAUCGCAACCAGGGUCGAGGACGAGCUUCGGCCUCUUCCGUGGAGUGUGGGCAAGGGCGCAGCGAAGAGCCGGUCAACCGCAGCCGGAUCUGGAGCAACGCGCCAGGACGCUGCCAAGGAGUACCACGACAACGUGCGGAAACAGAAGAAGUCCCAUUGGGACGACUUCGUCACCGACGAGAACAACAUCUGGAAAGUGGUCAAGUAUCUGAAACCCGGCGUGAAUGUGUUCGAUGACAAGGUGCCGCCGUUGAGGAGAGCCGACGGCUCGAUCACCAAAGGCAAAGGAGAGCAAGGUGAGGAGCUCCUGAGCACCUUCUUCCCGCCUCUGCCAACCAUGAUCGAACCGGAGGGUGAGCGUCCGCAAAGAGAAGCGAUAACCAUGCCCGACCUCACCUUGCAAGAGAUUGAGGAAAAGGUGAUGGCGGCCAAGUCUUGGAAAGCGCCGGGGGAGGACGGCCUCCCUGUGAUUGUGUGGAAGAAGCUCUGGCACGUGGUCAAGCAUCGGGUGUGGACGCUCUUCGACUUAUCGCUUCGAGAGGGCGUGGUGCCCCAUCAAUGGCGGACGGCCAAGAUCAUCCCGCUGAAGAAGCCGGUCGUAGCAGAACGCAUCAGCUAUGCAGUCGAAGCUCAUGGGCUGUUGCCCGCGAACCACUUUGGCUUGGAGAAUGGGCAGGUUUUGAGUCUCGUCAGCUUCGACGUCAAAGGGGCGUACAAUGGAGUUUGCAAAGAGCGGCUGCUUGAGAGGAUGAAAGCUCGAGGCAUCCCGAGUCGCCUGGUCAAGUGGGUAGACGCAUUCUGCUCGGAACGGACCGCAUCGGUGGUUGUCAACGGGCACACAUCCGAGCAGCAAGCCCUGGCGCAGGCCGGCUUACCCCAAGGAUCUCCACUAUCACCGGUGGCAUUUCUGUUCUUCAAUGCGGACCUGGUGCAGAAGCGAAUCAGUAACAACAGCGGCUCCAUCGCCUUCGUGGACGACUACUCUGCCUGGGUCACUGGACCAACGGCCGAGUCGAACAGAGAUGGUAUUCAGUCGAUUAUCGAUGAUGCGCUCGAGUGGGAGAAGCGCAGCGGCGCCACAGGGAAUGAUGUCAAGCCGAAGGACAAUGUGAAGCUGCUGGGAGUCAUCAUGGAUCAAGCACUUCGCUUCAAGGAGCAUAUCGCCGGAAUGGCCUCACCACGAACGGCAAGGCAACUGUUCACUGCGACCGUAGCGCCGACCAUGGAUUAUGCCUCCAACCGAGUCGGAGCCCAGGCGAUCACGGGAGGGUUCCGUACGGUCGCGACGGCUGUGGCCGAGGCCGAGGCCAGCGUGCAAUCAUUUCGAGAACGCCAUGCUCAAGCGGCGUCGAGAUUCUGGAUCAGAACGCAGACGCUGCCGAGGACGCAUCCCUGA